AUGGUGCCGCUAGGACCCGGGCCUGGCCAUCCUACCGCACAUCAAACUCACGGUGGGCCCUCCACAAACUUAUCCGGCCCAAAUUCGUUAUCACAAAGUACUCCGCAGUCAAACAAGUCGUCAGUAGCGAAGCCGAAUUACACGCUCAAAUUUACUCUUGCGGGGCACACAAAGGCUGUGUCUUCUGUUAAAUUCAGUCCUAAUGGGGAAUGGCUUGCAAGCUCCUCUGCUGACAAACUUAUUAAGGUGUGGGGUGCCUAUGAUGGCAAAUUUGAGAAGACUAUAUCAGGACACAAGAUGGGCAUCAGUGAUGUGGCUUGGUCAUCAGACAGCAGGUUGAUUGUCAGUGCUAGUGAUGACAAGACAUUAAAGGUAUGGGAACUUAGUUCAGGCAAAUGUUUAAAAACUUUAAAAGGACACAGUAAUUAUGUAUUUUGCUGUAACUUUAACCCACAAAGUAAUCUUAUUGUUUCUGGAAGUUUUGAUGAAAGUGUCCGAAUAUGGGAUGUUAGAACAGGCAAAUGUUUGAAGACACUACCAGCUCAUUCUGAUCCAGUCUCAGCAGUUCAUUUCAACAGAGAUGGCAGCCUUAUUGUCUCAUCCAGUUAUGAUGGCUUAUGUCGAAUUUGGGACACAGCUUCUGGCCAGUGUUUAAAGACAUUAAUAGAUGAUGACAAUCCACCUGUAUCCUUUGUGAAAUUCUCCCCAAAUGGAAAAUAUAUUCUUGCUGCAACAUUGGACAACACUCUUAAAUUAUGGGACUAUAGUAGAGGAAAGUGUCUUAAGACAUAUACGGGACACAAGAAUGAAAAAUAUUGCAUUUUUGCCAACUUCAGUGUUACAGGUGGAAAGUGGAUAGUAUCAGGUUCAGAAGAUAAUCUGGUUUAUAUUUGGAAUCUGCAAUCAAAAGAAAUAGUUCAGCGACUUUCAGGGCACACUGACACAGUGCUGUGCACUGCAUGCCACCCCACCGAGAAUAUCAUAGCUUCCGCUGCAUUAGAAAAUGAUAAAACUAUCAAGCUUUGGAAAAGUGAUACUUAA